GUUCUAAAACGGAGAUCUAGGAGUGCCUCUCUCAGACCUUACUUCCGCUUCCUUCCCGUAAGGAGUCGGGCCUCCCCCAUUUUUCUGCCAAGGUGGUGGCGGCGGCGGCUUGCGAUGUUUGGCCUCAAGAGAAACGCAGUAAUCGGACUCAACCUCUACUGUGGGGGGGCUGGAUUGGGGCCUGGAAGCGGCAGCAGCGCCUCGGCUCCGGGAGGCCGUCUCUUGGCUACGGGAAAAGAGGCCACGGCCCGGCAAGAGGUAGGGGGAGGGGAAGCCGGCUUGGUGAUUGGCGGAGGCGCCGGCGCGAGCCCCCCGUCCACUCCUGCGCCAGACGCCCGGAGGGUCGCGCGGCCCUCGCCCAUUGGCGCCGAGGGCCCCGACGUCACCGCGACCCCCCGCCAGUGCUGUUUCUUCGCGCCCACCCGCCUCGCGUCGCCGCCUGAAGAGAUGGAAUCCCCGGCCUCCGACGCCAUCAUGUCUCCCGAAGAGGAGCUGGACGGGUACGAGCCGGAGCCCCUCGGGAAGCGGCCGGCCGUCCUGCCCUUGCUGGUAGUCGAGGAGGCCAGUAGUGGCCCCGGCACGGACGGCUCGCUCCCCUCGACGCCGCCCCCGGCAGAGGAGGAGGAGGACGAGUUAUACCGGCAGUCCCUGGAGAUUAUCUCUCGGUACCUUCGGGAGCAGGCAACCGGCGCCAAGGACGCGAAGCCAAUGGGCGGGUCUGGGGCCGCCAGCCGGAAGGCGUUAGAGACCCUGCGACGGGUCGGGGACGGGGUGCAGCGCAACCACGAGACGGCCUUCCAAGGCAUGCUUCGGAAACUGGACAUCAAAAACGAAGACGAUGUCAAAUCUUUGUCUCGAGUGAUGGUCCACGUUUUCAGUGACGGAGUAACAAACUGGGGCAGGAUUGUGACUCUUAUUUCUUUUGGUGCCUUUGUGGCCAAACACUUGAAGAGUAUAAAUCAAGAAAGCUGCAUCGAACCGUUAGCAGAAAGCAUCACAGAUGUUCUCGUAAGGACAAAACGAGACUGGCUAGUCAAACAAAGAGGCUGGGAUGGGUUUGUGGAGUUCUUCCAUGUAGAGGACCUAGAAGGCGGCAUCAGAAAUGUGCUGCUGGCUUUUGCAGGUGUUGCUGGAGUAGGAGCUGGUUUGGCAUAUCUAAUAAGAUAGCCUUUUAAGUGCAAUAAUUGACUCUUAACCAACUCCAGCCACAAAAUCCUACAUCUGUGAAAUCAAAUGUAUUUAUGAAGUUGGACUUCAGGCUGUCUAGGCCAUAAUCUCCAAGAGGUCUACUCUAGCAACAGAGAAAAGCAAGUGGCAAGAGGAUUAUGACUGAAAUAAAUACCUGGGAAAAGUAGUUUCCUUUGAAGAGUCACUGUCUGAAAGAAGCAGAAUUCAGUUUCAGCAAAGUCAAACUGUGGGAGGCCUUGAAGAGUACUUUUAGACUUAGGGUCAAUAGUAGGGUAAAGAGACUUUAAUUACCUUGUCUAGAACAGGAAAGAGGCCAGUAGCCAGGCUAGUCCUAGAGUUCAUUAAAUAUGCCCACAGACUUCAUUAACUUUCUUUAGUGUCAGAAGAGAAGCACUAACAACACCACUGGUGUAUGUAAAGUGGAUUUAAGCUACAGGUAAUAGAACUAUGAUCUGAAGCCCCAAUACUGUACAACAGCAUGUGAAGGGAAGCUUUUUCCUCUCUAUAACUAGCUUUCCCAAGUGUUCUUGAAUAGAAAGUCCAAGUGCUCAGGACAUUUAUACCUGUUCUGCUUUGGCUUGUGGUUUGAGGGAUUCUUUAUUAGCCUCGUUUUAAGACAAAAACUUGUAAAUGUAUUUGUCUGUAAAAAUUGUAUAUAUUUUUACAGAAAACCUUUCUUUCUCCCUUUGGAGAAAAGUCUCAAAUUUACAUUAGUUUUUUCAUACCCUUUUGAAAUCUUUAACCUCUGUAGUUAGGAACCUGUUUCUUACGGCUUUUCUAUUCUGAACUUUGUUCCUGGUCGGUUCUAGAUUGUAUACAGAACCAACUGUUGUAAUUGUAUGCACCCUGUUAUAGUGGAACAAUUCUGACUCAUAACUAUGCAGGCUUUAAUUUUCCUGAUUUUGAUAAGUAUUUCUUAGGGUUUUUUGUUGUUUUUUUAAACCUGGGACUGAAAAAUUGAGAAAUGAAAAUUAAUUCUUUCACUUUAUUACAUAAUAGGUUUGCAAUAAUUGAGUCAAGAUGGGGUUUUAAGAUUUUAUUUUGGGGGGUGGGACACAUGGGCUGAUGACUUAAAAAUAAUGGGCUCUGAUUGGGCAACUACUCAUUUGAGUUCCUUCUGGUAUGAUUUAACUAGUGAAAUAUAAACUGAGUUCAUGAGCUCAUCUUCAAAGCUUCUACUAAAAGAUUUUCAGCUGUUCCAGAUGGGACUUAUUAGCAGUAUGUAUAAAAAGAUCACAUCAGGUGGAUGUGAGACAUAUAAUCCCUUGUUUGCCUAAUAAAUUGUACAGUGAUAGCUUGGAAAAGCAGACUAUAGUUUAACCAUGGUGCUAUUAUUAGGCUUGCUUGUUAAACACAGGUCUAAGCCUACUGUGUCAAUAAAACAAAUACUUCAUUUCUGUUAAUAAUGUUCAGACUUUGUUUCAGACUUUGCAUUGGCAUCCAUAGAGAUUUCAGACUUGAUGUUUUUAUCAAACGUACCAUAUAUUUCCUGUUUUUCUUUGAAAUAUUUGCUGCUUGUUGUGCUCCCUCAACACAUAUUUAUAUCAGUUCCUAUAAAUUUGCCAUCCCUGAACUCUUGCUGGCCCUUUUUAGUUUUUGGCACUAGGAAUCCAAGUGACCACCCAAGGAGUCCACAGACUUUCAUCCUUCAUGAAUUUUAUCCUCAGGAGGAGGUAGUACAGUGAGCUCUGACCUAACAGUUAAGAGGUGAGAAGAGUCCCUUUUCCUUGAACUGCUUUCUUUUUUGGUUGUUGCUCAAUCCUAUCUUUGGGGAGAUAAUUUUAAAAGUCCCCUUAGGGAUUUUUCAGAGGAAGAGACCUUUUAUGUGACUCUAGGUUCUUUUGCAUUUGAAUAUGUUCACUUAAAAUUAUAGAAAUUAAUGGGCUCUGUUAAACCUCAAACCUCAAAGAGUUAUUUAAACUGGUAAGCUGAAGAAAACUUGUGUAGUGGAACCAUGGUCAUUUGAAAGCUUCAGCCUCAGAAUGUGACCUUUAGUGUGUGGACUCCAGACAAAAAUAGGCAUGAAUAAUAUGACUAAGAAUGUAAUAGGGAAGAAUUGCCCGGCCUGCCCAUCUCCGAGCCAUAACAUCAUCCAGAUAGAGCUAUUUUUACCUGUGUAUUUAUCGUUCUUGACCAUAAACCACUUAUUUAUAUCAUGUCUCUCUCUAAGGACCUAAAAGCACUUUAUGUAGUUAAUUAAUCUUAAGAUCGAGUUAAGGUGACUGAAAGGCCUGUCUCCCCAUAGCCACUUGUGGAAAUAAGCACAGAGAUGCCAAUUGGUGGAGUUUAGGGUCCCCACUUCCCAACUUACUGGGUGUGACUGCUGAAAUGCAGAUGAGAAUCUUAAGUUGAUAUUUGGGGCAGGUUGGGUGAUUCUAUAGGGAAAGGAGGCACCUGUUUUAAGUGCUGACUAGCUGUGUAGUUAGGCAGCUCCUCCAAAAUGGAAAGGGAGGAGCUGCUUGGAAAGAUGUCUCUCUCAGCAACUGUCUGUCUGAUGCUUCUCUCAGGGAAAAACCUGCAGUCCUCUAGUGUGUCUGUGGUCUGUGUACAUUCUGUUGGGGGUGAACACCUUGGUUCUGGUUAAAACAGCUAAAAAGCUGUUGACAGCUGUGCCAGGAAGGGUUAGGACCAACUACAAAUUAAUGUGGGCUGUAAAAAGUAGUGUGUUUCCCUAACUUUCUGUUUUUCCUGAGAAGAAAAUAAUAAAUCUUUUAUUCAAAUACAA